AUGGAAAGGCACAAAGGUGCAGCUAUUGCCAAGUGGGGCGCCGCAUGUUCUCCGUGUGCUCUCGCUAAAGCAAAGUGUCUGCGUUCAAGCAAAACACUGAGUUCUAGAUGUGAUCGAUGUGAACGUUUGGAUAAGGAUUGCUCUAAACAAGUACACAAGCCGAGGAAGAAGCGACAGAGCCGACCUUCCAAGACAGCUCAGCUCGAGGAGAGACUGAAUAGUCUUGUAGACCUCAUCAAAGCCACUAACCCAGGAGAGGUCCCUGCCGCACUAAGACACGUCUCCGAGAUCAGCUCGGCCGCAUCAUGCCGGACCGAAGGGACAGUGUCGUUACCCGGCCAAGAACAGGCACUCCUUGAAACUCCAGCUACCACUCCCGGCUCGAACCACGAACCGACAAGGGCGAUACCCAGCCCUUACAAUGGACACGCCCCCCGUGUAUGCGUCUGCCGCGCGCAAGCAGGCCAGACCCUCACCCUUCCGGAACCGGACGAGACUCUGCUGUCGAUAUUCGUGAACAGUCUCAUGCCGAACUACCCUUUUAUCACGCUCCGGCCAGGCUGCACAGCCGCCGAGCUCGGCUCGGAGCGUCCGUUCCUGCUCGUGACGAUCAGGAUGGUUGCGUCGUACCGCAACGUCAAGUCGAUGAGGUCGCAGAACUACUUCGUCAUGCGCCAUAUCUCCGAGCAGAUGAUGAUGGGCUCGGAGCGCUCCCUAGAGCUGCUACAGUCGAUACUAUUGGUCUUGGGUUACUACCACUAUCAUUGCAUGAUACACUCGCAGAUGAACAACCUCAUCGCGCUGGCGAAUAGUUUAGUUGCGGACCUUGGGAUUAAUAAGCCCCCCGAUCCGCAGGAUAAGGCGCGGUUGUUGGCUGGAAAUGCCGAGAAGAGAGCGCUGUGUGGUGUCUGGUACAUGACAUCGAUUAUCUCGCUCGCGUUUCAACGAAUCGACCCGCCCAAGUACACGGCUUACAUCGACCAAUGUCUCAAAGACCUCGAGGUCGGGAAGGAGUACGAGACGGACUUACUUCUUGUCCACCUCGUCCGCAUCCAGCACUUCACCGAGCGCAUCUCACAGCUAAACGAUAAAUCUCAACUCGGCGGGAAUGAUCUACCUGGCAUGGCCCGCACACCCGUGAGCGCGUAUGCGGGCAUGUUCCACGCGGAGUUGGGAAGCUUUAGAGCGGCGUUGCCGCAGAGUCUUGUGUCUAACCAACUCAUAAACUGCCACAUGAACACCGCGAUGCUCCGGCUAUGGGAGCCCCCAGGCAUCGACGCCGCACUCCUGGACAAGAUAUCCAACUCCCUCUCAUCCCUGUCCAUCGACACAGCCUCCUCCCUCGACAUAUUCUACCGGUCCAGCGCCGCGCUCAAGUCCUGGUUCGACUUCUGGCUCUCCAUCGACGUGGCGGACUACUUCAUCCUCCCCAUGCCCGCGUCCGCCCAGCUCAUCAACGCCGUCAUCCUGCUGGCGCGGUGGUCCAAGCUCUCCAGUCCCAGCCCCAACUUCGUCCCUAGCAGCUCCGUCGUCAUGCCCCCCUCAACACAACAACACCAACAACAACAACAGCAGCAGCCACCCACGGUCCGCGACGACCCCGCCUGCAGCGGCAUGAACAACGCCUCGGCGCUCGCCGCCCUGGGCGCCAAGGACAUCGACCCCGCCAUCCCCGCCGCCGUCCGCGCCAUCCGGAACCACCUGCUCUCCCAGCCCGAGCUGCAGCAGCUCGAUGUCCUGGGCAUCCUGCACACCAUGUCCGCGCGCUUCGAGCAGGCGCGCGCGACCGCCGAGGAGCGCGACCGCUCGGCUUGUGUGUGGGACAACGAUAUCUGGGAGAUGGCGGGCAGGAAGAUCAAGGGCACGCGGGUGAAGCUGGUGCGGUGGGCGGAGCUGGUGGCGGCGGUCGGGGCUGGGGAGGGAAGAAGGGGGGAGCAGCAGUUUGCUGAUGCCGCUAAUGCCUCUGCCAGUUCCAAUUCCAAUACCACCACCGUGAUAGUGGGACAAGGGGAAGCGGAUGGUAUCAGCCAAGGUCAAGGCAUGGAAGGGAACUGGUCGAUGGAUUCUACUGCCAUGCUGGAAGGCGGUGGUGGAUACAACCAACCCACCCCCGAGGGCUGGGACCCGGGCGUCGCGUGGGCGAAUGACUUCUUUGAUGGGUUGGGACUGGACCAGAAUUUCUUCUUUGAUGGGGCGCCGGAGUAUGGGGGGUUUAUAUAGGUUGGGUGGUAGGUAGGGAGAUGGAUAGAUGAAUUAAUAAUAUAUACCUAAGUAAAAUGGGCCUUGUGUAAAGGGGUAGAGAGGAAGGGAGGUAAGGAGAGGCAUGUCUAUCUGCCUACUCCUGAUCUUAGACUAUCACGUGGAUUAGAUCGAGUAGGUAGCUUACAUCAUUCUGUACUUUUGUAUACAUAUCUACCUAGGUUAGGUAGUUGUGUGCCUAUCCAGCUGUAUUCUCAUCAUACCUACCUCGGCACCUACUGGAGGUAUUUACCUAGGUUAGCUAGGUAACUCGCCAAUCACUAACAAAGGGAACAAGUGGCAAUUCUAUUUGCGUCAACUUCACUCUUUCAAUUUACUCCUCGGAGGGACUAACUCCCUACCUAAGUGACUACGUGGGUCACCAACUACUCGGUGCUAUUUGGGAAAGGGGUUCAACGACCUCUCCUCCUACUCCUCCUUGCUCGGCAGUUCGGAC